AUGCCAUCCAAGCGUGCGAAUGAAUUACUCGCGAUGCAAUCAGUCCACGUAGCUCUACUGUUGGGUAUUGGGUUCCGGUAUGUUACCCGGAUCGUAAUGGCACCAGACAAGUAUCGCCUUGCCUUGCCUGGUGGUGAUAUUGACAAACGUGGCAUAGACCAGAAGUCUAUGCCCUGUCUGACGCACGUGGAAAUAGGAAAAGAAGGAUUAGUCAGCAGUGAACGGGAUAAAAUUUCGGAUAUUCGUGCAGUAUGGCAUGUGCGGGGAAGAAAGAGGCAGAGUGUGGCGCGUGUUAUUGUGAUUGCUUGGGCACGCGUCAUGAGGAUAUGUAUGGAGGCCAUGAGCAAGGAUUCCCCCUCCCGCGCUGGUACCAGCCUCGUGGCAUUGGCAUUUGGCCCCGCACGUCAACGCCGCUUGAUCGACCACGUUGAUCCUUGUAUCCCGAUUAAAGCAGGCGCGGCAGCCCAGUUCACUAUGGACCAUACAUCCGGCUCCCAGGUUACGCCCCAUGCCUCUUCCGACAUGGCACCCCUCGACCAUCCUUCACCUAACCCACCCCAGGUGUUGUAUAUGACGCCCAACCACAGAGUCACCAAGGCGCGAUACGUGACUAGUUCUGACCCGCGGGGCUAUGUACCCGUGUAUGAAUACCCGCUCAAUGGCCAAUGGAUCAUGAUGGAUACAGACGAUGGCUAUGUGCUCUGGACAGGUAUCUGGAAGGCAUUGGGCAAUUCAAAAGGCAAGGCCCUCAAUACCCUUGCUCCAGAUCUCGCCAGCAAGCUGAGAAGGGUACGCGGGGGUUACCUAAAAAUGCAAGGCACCUGGAUGGCACGCGAUGUGGCCCUUGAGUUAGCUCGUCGCGUGGCCUGGAAUAUCAGAUAUGACCUUGUGCCGCUUUUUGGACCCUCGUUUCCAGACUCAUGCCUGUCGCCAGAUCAGCCAGGAUAUGGAAAAGUCGUAACCAGGCCGCCUGCCAAAACUCGCCGAUCGAAGCGGAGUGGACAGGGGUCGCCUCCAGGAACCAGUACACAGCUACCCUUUUCGCAAGACAGUCCGAUUAGCCCGAUAUCUGGGGAAUCCACCUCUGGCUCCGCCCACCGUGUGACCGACCUAUUUGAAUCGCCCGUCGAUAGCAACAUGUCGCUUGUUCCAGAGCGGGCAUUUGACUCACUCAUCACCGAGGGUGGGUUAGGUAUGUAUGGGGCGCGCGGUUCCCAGGAGCAGCAGAGGGGACGGUCAUACUCGCAUUCAUCGGGCCAGAUAGCAUAUUCCAAUCAAAGCGGGUGGUCUUCGCUGGCACCUAUCAAGCAAGAGCCUGCCCAGGAACCGUAUGAAUAUUCAGGAAGUGCUACAGGCGUUGGUUCUCAGCACAUCUCAGCACGAACAUUGGGCCAGUACGGCGAGCAGUUUGGCUAUAGUUCCCCGCAGCGGGACGCAGUAAACCGGUCACACGUCGGACAGGGAAUUAGUCAAAUGCGAAGAGGUUCUGUCCCCCAUAUAUCUGGAUAUCCCGCUGGCACCGCUUCGAACAACUACCCAUACCAGGAAGUGACGAUCAAACAAGAGCGGAAUCCAUCCGGCGAUAGCGGUUAUGGCGGCUCCUUUAUCCAAAACGAACCAUCUUAUGCAAACCAGGCUGGUAUCGACCUACCUACGUCACCGGGACAGUUUUCGCAAUAUUCACAACCGAUUUCAUAUAACACCUCUCAGGACGUUCAUGCCAGCUCUCUCCACGAGCGUUCGCGGUCCGAGACACGAUACGCUCCCUAUCAUUCGUCUCAGUCGCCCAUGAAUUAUGGGUCGCCGACUCAGCAAUCACAGCAAGGCUUUGCUUCUGCGCCAUCAUCGGCCAGAGGUAUAGGUUUUCCCGCACAACAAACUCAACCACAAAGUCCACCCAUAGCCGGGUACACGCCUGGCAUAGAUCAAUACCAUACCCAACACCCCCCAGCCCAGCAUCAUACCCAGUCACAAUUUCGUUCUCAACAAGCAUCCAUGAUGCAACAGUUGCCUCCCCGUACCCAACCGUCCAAUCCGCAGUAUGCGGCGACUGGGAUGGGUGCUGUCCCGACAUCGUACGAGUAUGGAUACGCGGGCUACCAUUCACAUGCUACCGGCUCCGAUGCUCAUGGUGUGGUUGACCAACAGCGCCAACAGAGUGAGGUCCUUAUUUGGCUUAUACUGAAAUAUAUGUCUGCAAAGGAACUGACUGCUCGAUUCGAAUCUCAAACGGGCUCAGAAAUGGAGUCAGCUCAGAAGAAUAAGGGAGGGGAAUAUGUGUCACAUUCUAGUAGACAUAAGCUCGGUGUGCCCCCUGGACUGCUUAAUAGUGUCUCUACGCCCACGAAAACCUCCCCAGAGAAAUCUAUGGAUCACUUACUGCCCGGAUCUUUGCCCCUUCGUUGGCCGGGUCACAGCCCGGACGAUGACGUAGAAAUGCGCUCUCUGGCUUCGACAACAGAGACUUCAACUGAAUACACUAGGAAACCAGUCGUAGCUGAAACUAUGUAUGGGUUACGUACUCCUGGUCCCCUACCCCCCAGUCAACCUGCUAGAUUCCUGCCGCAUAUGGCGAGUGGAGACUCCACCCAACUGGCUACACUAGAGUCUAUCCAAUCUUGCGAGGAAACAGCUUUGCGAGACAAACAUUCGCGACCGAGCGUUGUUUCUCGGCCUGUUACUGAUAAGCUACUCGAUUCGGUAGUUGAAGUUCCUGACUCCCUAGUGGGAAACGAGGACGAAACGCAAACGAAAAACCACAAAACGAUCCCUAUUUCUAAGCUUUUCGGUCGUGAUGCUACCCCAUUGCACUUACCUGAAUUAGAUGCCUGGCUUAGCCAGCUUCCUCACUCCCAGUUUACAUACCCCAAGGCAGCACACUCGAACUCGGCUCCCAAAGCUUUCCCUCCAAUGGAUUUAUUGAAAGAGAAGAAGCUGGAAGAUCUUGUUCAUAACAGUCCCCCGCCUCCCAUUUGGAGAGACUGGAAUAGCAUCGGAUCAACACUCGUGAAUUUAGCUUUGAGCAUAAUGGUGGGCCAUCGAAUGGAUGACCGGCAAUUCAUCCGGGAGAUGGCGAACCUUGUUUCUAGGCACAAUAGACUGACCGCUCGUUGGUUGCCAAACGCUACCCCUGAAGGUUUAUUGUCCCGUGACCCUGCUAGAGGAACUCACGCUACCCCUCUUGUGAGCUUCGUACUCACGGUCCUUUACCUUCCUUUAAGCACAAUAUCGGUUCACGCGAUAACUUGGUCAUCCGACUUUUGGCCCGUGGAGAACCCCUUUAUUAGUUACAACGGCACCGAAAUGCCGGAUGUGCAACCUAUAGGGCCAAGCUCAGUGUACCAUGGCCCCCUUGACUUCUGCUGGACUACCACGAUGAGAAAGGAUGAAGUUAAUUAUGCACCGGUUGCUGUUACAUUAGGUAUCUUGACUCUAGUGUUUAUGACGUUUUGGUUCCCAAUUCGUCUUAGGAAAACCAUCAGGAGCUCGUUGCCCGCCGUAGAAGUAUAUGACUCACUUGGUCAACGGCGAUCAGAAGAGGAAAUAGAGCAUGAAUACCGGAGGUUGUUAGAGAGGGAUAAAAGUCCAUUCAACUUCUUGUAUAACGAAUAUCGAAGGGAAUGGGGGUCCUUCAAGGCACUCUAUCUUGGAGGCAAACUGACUUCUCUUCUCAUUGUCGCUAUUAUCUCUCCUGAUAGUUGUCUAAUGCUCAAGAUUUCAAAUAACCGCGUAUCCCGUAACACUUUGGAAAUCACCCGUCAAUCAUUCCUUUUGGCAGUUAUGAUCGCUUUUCUUUUGGUCCAAUCCCUGGCAAAUCCUUUCGUCGAUCCCAUCAGCAACGCAAGCGAGUGGACGAGCCGUAUGAACUUUGUUUUGACCUCGUUACUUGGGCUGCUCGUAGCGCUGGACAUCCCUGGGCAAGUCUUUUGGAAUGGGUGGGCACUAUAUGCCGUAUACAUUAUUACCUAUGGAUUAACAGUUUGCCUAACUCGCAGGAUUGAUUUUAGUAUAGACAUAUUUUCCCCGCGGCUGGAUAUAUCCCCUGAGUCGCAGCAUCUGCAACAUCGCAUCUGGAAGGAGUCCUUGUCAACCCUACUGCUAGCAUCUCCUCAAUGUCAAAUGCCUACCUCACAAAGGCUAGUAUUUGCGGAAGGUAUCGAGGUGGCCUCGCAGAACCCAGUUCCUCCCUAUUUAUUGGAUUUCUCUCUUUCCCCUGCGGAACGACAUAUUGAGAAUCUCAAAAUUUUACGAGAGAUAGGGGGCCCUGCAUACGAGGAAGCUGUAAAUGAAAGCAGAAUCCAUUACAAGCUGAUAACAGGCCUCCGUCAAAAAAUACUACAGCACAUGGUCGGCCCCGAUGCAUUCUGGUUCCCGAAAGGAAAUACUGGAACUUCAUGCCCGAAUGCAGCAGAUUACUUCGGCAAUGCAUGGUGCCUGCCAUUUCCCCUCACAGUGAUAAUUCGGUAUGAUAUCAGUGGGGGGCUGACUACCAUUACGAAUAUCACAGACAUUCAAGAAUUCGUACGCCAGAACGAGACACGUAUCGUGGAGAAACAAAAGAAACUUCGCAUAGCUCUUCGAUGUCUAGAUGGUGUGAUAGUUCAGUGGCCGUAUACACACACCGAGCUAAUUGGAAACCGAUUCCGAUGGAUCGGGGGGAAACGCUACCAUGCGUGUCGAACGACAGAUUACCACGAGGCCAAAUUCUGCAUUCGCCGGCGUGGUUCUCUCCAAUGGAAGAAUACGAAUCUAGCGAGUGGAUUCGAUGUCUCGCUAGAGUAUUCUAAGAAACUCGUGUUUGAUGGGAGUCUGAUUGGUUUGAACGUCGGCCUACAGCUCACACCUCAACUAGCACGUUUCCUGUUGCUGAAUAAGGCUACCCUAGAGUCCAGAAUGCUUGGGCACACUAACGUACUCCGAGACUACCGAACCUAUAUUUUAAACGAAGUAGAGUCUAAAUUUAGAACACUUUCCUACGGAUUUUUGACCAAUCUGUAUGCAUCCCCGAUGGAUCCUGCGUCGGUCGCUCGCCUGCUGGCUCAAAACGAACUAGAUGCUAGAGUAACCAGUCUAGCUGUUGGCUAUGAGCAUGCUUUUCAAACAAUGGAUGAGCGUAUGCGUUACACAUUGGAGGUACGCGUUUCUCCCCAAAUAGACCAUCCCUACGGCUCUUUUUUAUAUCUGGUGGUGUAUAUUAGCGACGGUGUGUUACAACUCCAAUGGGGCAACUCGAGGCAGCACGACCAAGGAUUUUUGGCCAUUCCAUUCCUGAGUGAACUGAAAGUGAAUCCGAACAACGUCACUGCCGUCAACGCCGUCAAGAACCUUGCCGGUCUCUUGGCCAACCGGUAUAGCAGCGUGGUAGGCUGCACACGGAGUAAAAACAGCACCGCGUCUGAUGAGUUCUCGGUGAUUAUUGACAAUAUGAUGAAUCUCGAGGUUUUGUGUACUGCGGCAGAAUUGAGUGGGAACCAGACGUUGGCCGAGAUAGCCCUCAGUCAUGCUAAUAAAACCAUCACUUACGGAGUCCGUCCUGAUGGGUCAUCGCCCCAUGUCAUUAUCUUCAACGAGACGACGGGUGCGUUUAUGCGAGAAGACACAAUACAAGGAUAUGCACGCAACAGUACUUGGACGCGAGGUCAGGCUUGGGGCAUCUAUGGAUUCGCCAAGAUGUUCAAUAUCACGGCCCAACCCCAAUAUCUGGACACUUCACGAAGAAUGGCCGAGUUGUUUUUAUCUAGACUUCCUUCCGUCGGAGUCCCACCAUGGGAUUUUGAUGCCCCCAAAUCAAACCCUCCUGCGGAUACCUCGGCCGCUACGAUCGCUGCCGAGGGCUUGUUUAUUCUGUCGGCUGGCGAAGCCCAUGUCCAGAACACGACAGGAGCAAACUAUUAUAGCGAACGAGCUGUCAAGCUAUUGUCGGACACCUUUAAUUUCGCUUUCAAUCCAAGUUGGGAGAGUAUUCUGAGCAACGCGACUUCGUACUAUGCGAUAGGAGAUAAGAAUAUUGCGCUGAUUUAUGGGGAUUAUUACGCGCUACAGUGUCGUGAUAAAAAGGCUGGGAACUCUAUGCUUAAGCUUGGAUUGGCUUCGUCCGACGCAACUAUUCCCGACGGAUAUGCCACUGCCUAUGCUGCGGUCGACCCAAUGGGCUCGGGCGAUACAUCCGUCAACGCAUUGCACCGUGUUCUGGCCACCACAGACCUGCCAGCUGCAGCCAUCGAAAGAAUUGUCAAUCUUGUCAGCACACGGCCCCGAGUAUCGCGACUCGAGUUCUUCAUUGCUCUUGCGCUCGCUGGUCUGGCCCAGGCGGGCAAAGAUGUAACAAUUGAGCAAGUCGCCCAAGCUGCCCAGCAGAACGCCCUCCCUGAACCAUCUAUUGACCUUACCCGGCUCUCUACUACCACCUCGACGCUGGGGUAUAACCCCUCUCCCCCUCCUGCUCUCCCUUCAUUCGAGCCUCGCCCAGUACCUCAGCGCACACAGACCUAUGAUGAUCCUUGGAAUACAAAUUCGAUUGUGCGCCGACCUACGGCGGUGCCUGAUCCAUUUGCGGCCACUUAUAAUGAACCCCCCGGCAAUCCCCCUCCUGGAGCGGGAACUUCACUCUUAUCCAGCGGUCUUCCUACCGGAUGGUGGAGACGGCAGGAUUCCGCAAUUGUGACGAUUAUCCCGGAGAAACAGGGGUUUUUGCUAAACCGAUAUUUUGUGUACGCCGUUCAAACCGAGCGUGGAGUGGUCCAGCGGAGAUACUCUGAAUUCGCCUGGUUAUGGGAUUGUCUGAUUCGUCGAUACCCGUUUAGGGUGGUUCCUUCGCUCCCGCCGAAGCGCAUUGGACCGGAUGAUCAGUUCCUUGAGCAACGGAGGUACAACAUUGUUACUGAGGCAAAGAUCAAACGCUCAUUUAUUUUCCAGACGUGGUCUAGCUCGAUUCCUGGUAUCCAUCUUGAAUCAUCCCAUAUUAUCACAGGAUGGUCUAUUAUCUACGUUCCUCACGGAGCCUCAUUUAGAAAUAUGGCGAAAGCAGAUAGGCUAAUCAACGAAGAGAAGGAGCAGCGGUAUGUGGAUCGUUUCUCGAGCAAGUUGCCCAUGGAUUUCAUUUCGCGAUAUAAACAGGCCGACUUUACUCGCUUGACUAUGACCCUCAACUCGCUCACCGAGCACAACACUUCAUGUACCCUCAGAGGAGAAUCCGACGACUGCGAUUUGUGUGCUGGUGUUCGAACUGGGCUGGGGCGCGUUGCGGCUCGGACAGGUGGUUUGGGAGAGGAGCUGGAUGGAAGGUCAAGAGUCCUCAAUUCUACACUUAUGGAGGCUGUCAAGAGCCAACGGGAUUUGUACCUCGCAUUUCAAGCCCUCUUUGCCCGACAAGACCGGCUAGGAGGCGACACGGUCGACAAACUCAAGAAGCGAGUCGAGACGGCCGGGGCAAAACAUAUACUCAUUGUCAAUUCGCUCGAAGGACUGCAAGGCUCGGCCAAAACAAAGGCACAGGACGAGGCUGAUAAACUGCGUAGCUCGAUUGAGAAGGAUCAGCAUCAGAUUCACACGCUGCUCAACCGACGAGUCUUUAUCCAAUACUGCAUGUGGCACGAACUACGAGUCGUGCUCCACAACCGCGAAAACGCUUUGCUGUCCCUCGCAAUUCAACAGUUUGUGCGCGAAGAGAGCGAGUUUUCGGGACGAGUUCAUUCGACCUGGACCGCGCUUUCCGAUGAAGUCGAGAACAUGCCACACGAAUAG